ACUAAUAUUUUUAAAAUUGCCUUAUUACGCAUCAAAGAAAAAAUGGCAUGGCCAACAGAAGAAAAUUGUAAAAAGUACAACCUUCGCAAAUCAGUGUCUUCAAUUGGUUUCAACACGGGGCAACCGAAUUUAAGUCUUCGCGAAGCAAGAUCUUUUACAGGUGCUUUGGAAGAAUUAAAAUGCGGCCCAAAAUCAACAAAUUUCUGUUCACAUGAACACAACAUAAAUUCGAACGAGCAAUUACAUAAAAGCGAAAUUGAUGGAACUGUUGAGCGUGGUUACGUCACAAAAGAAAUAAUUUCGAACCAAGUAUUCUUGGUGAGAGAUGAUAUGUUGAAUUAUAGAGGAAAAAGGUACUCGUUGAAUGAUAUCGCGACGCGUUGGAAAAAAGAUUGUCGCAUGUGGUUGUGGAAAAAUAAAUUGAACAAAAAACGUAAUAGAUCGGUUGGGGAAAUACGAGAGAAGAUUCAAAAUUUAAAAAUACCCAGUAGAUCUUCAUAAAAAUUAAAUUCU